AUGAGUCCCCUCAAGAGCAUGGCUAACGGGGGAUUCCUGCCCACAGUCAAUAAAAACAGAAAGCCAAAGUUUGAGCUACACCUAAAGAUCUACGACCUGAACAACGUCCCGCUGGUAUCCGGAACAUCAAUCGUAAAAUGGCAUCUCUCGCACUCUAUCCACGCUGAGCACCGGGGGCGGACGCCGAAAUGCCCCAUCUCCAAUCACAAGGUUGAGUACAACUACUCCAAGAUGGUCAGCCACAUCCGGAUCAGCAUCGACAAGAACAACAACCUGACCGAGUGCCCCAUCGAAUUCGAGGUCCUGCAAGAGUUUCCUGGCAGCGGGCGCGAGGAGAAGAUCUCGCUCGGCAUUGUCAAGCUCAACCUCAGCGAGUAUGUCGAGGAGAGUGAUGGUCUCGCCCGCGAGAGCGUUAGCUUUGAUCGCGGUCACUCGCGCAAGCGUAGCAGCGGCACCAGUCAGAGCCCCAUAUCGCCCAGGGCCCCGAUCAUGGACGAGCCGGAUGUCGUCGACGGCAUCGUAAGACGCUACCUCAUGCAGGAGAGCAAAAUCAACAGCACCCUGAAAAUUGGCAUCCUGAUGCUACAGCUUGACGGCGACAAGAAUUAUUCUGCGCCCCCGCUGAGGACCGCGCCUGUCUUUGGAGGGAUUGCCGGUAUCGUUGCAGGCGAAUCAGUUGAACAAGACGACGCUGGGCAACUCCCGACAAUGGCCAAAUCCCGCGAUGCCUCCGAAGUGCAGGACAUGUACCGCCGCGCCCUCGCAGCUUCCUGGUCCUGCCAACCCGGCGAGCUCCCCGCCGACCAAUGCAUCGAAGACAUCUUCUCCGGUGGCGAUGGCUGGCGGACAGGUCGUCAGGGACGUACCGGCAAAAAGACGGCAACUUUUGACCUCGACAACGGCGGUUCCCUGAGUUCCGACGAGGGUGGCAUGAGCGGCACCCUCCGACCUUCGGAUUUCCGCAAGAUGGAGCGGAGACAGCAGCAGGCACAGCAGCAACAGCAGCAGCAACAGGAUCUGCCUCAACAAGACCAUCUCCACCUCCACCGCCUCCACAACGGUCACCGCCACCACUCGCGCAACAACAGCGGCUCCAGUGAUAGGAGCAUGAGGAGCAUGACGACCAUCGUCACGGGCCGCGGCGACACCGCCAGCAGCACUGCUGGAGCGAGCAACGUCGCCCGUCGGGGAUCCCACAGCCGCCCUCGGGGCCGAGAGGGGGAAGGCGGCGUCAACGGCCGCAGCUACGGACGCUCGAGGAGCCGCAGCGGCAGCAUUGUGAGCCUGGCGCCGACGAUGGGUAGCAGCGAUCGCGGACGUGGGGCGUCAAGGCGGAAUAGGGAGCUCGAAGAAUUUGACGUGCGGGACGAUCUCGUCGCGUGGAGGUUGCCGGGCGCUGUCACAUAA